GCCCUCAGUGCUUUCAGUUUCAUAUUACCCUAAUUCCAUUAGAUAGUUGCUUUAUUUACUUAUCGGUCCUCUUGAGGAAAUCUUGCAAGUCCCAGGCCAUAGGAGGAGUGAAAUAAAAGCCUAAAGAUCCAGAGAGAGACAGAGAAGUAAGAGAAAUCAUUUCACCUAACUGAGGAGAAAAAAAACAGGUCUGAAGAGUCUGGUGCUGACCUACGUCAAUGCCAUCAGCAGUGGGGAUUUGCCCUGCAUGGAAAAUGCAGUACUUGCCUUGGCCCAGAUAGAGAACUCAGCCACAGUGCAAAAGACCAUUGCCUUCUAUGACCAACAGAUGAGCCAAAAGGUGCAGCUGCCCACAGAAACCCUGCAGGAGCUGCUGGAUCUGCACAGGGCCAGUGAGAGAGAGGCCAUUGGAGUCUUCAUCAAGAACUCAUCAAAGACAUAAAGCAUUUAUCUCAAAAGGAAUUCUGGUAAUUUCCUCUCUAGUUUAUAUGAAUUAGAGUCUUGCAAGGGAAAAUACUACUUGGAAAUAAAACGGGGAUUUGUUUUUCAGAGUAGCAAUUAUUAGUAGACUUUAAAAUGAUGACAGCCACCAAUUUAUAAUCAGAAGAACCAAUUUUAGUAUUAUGGACUCAAAGUUUUGAAACAUUUUUUUUUCUUUCAUGAAUCAGCUAACAGUCUUCCCUUUAAUUAAGUUCAUAUAACUGGUAAUCAGAUCUUCUAAAUAGAUUACAUGCCCACGAUUACCUUACUGACUUUAUUUCAUACUAACCAAAAGCAAGAAAUGUUUGGUCUUAGUUAUCUUGAGCAGGCUUACAUUGCUACACCCUUAUUCCAUAUAUGACAAUCAUUGGUCUAAUUUGAAAAGCGGAAGUUUACUAGUAAAAUUGCAGUAUAAUCUAGUAAUCUCUGGUCUGACCAUCACCUCCAAGGACAAAUGGGCCUAGAAAGUCCAAGUCAGGAGAAAGUAUAUAUUUCUGGUAAGGUAUUGAUAAGUUUCUAGGGUUCAUAGACUAUUUUGAAAAGCAUUUCUAGAAAUUCCAAGGUCUUGCUAAUAUUUUUUUCCUGUUGUUCUCCCUACUUCCUAUUCUUACAUUAAAGGCCCAGCUAGGGAAAAAAUGGGAUGACUUUUGUAAACAGAAUCUUCAAGCAUCAUCAGAUCAUUGUUCAGCUUUACUUCAGGAUAUUUUUAGUCCUCUAGAAGUGAAGCAGAGGGUUUAUUCUAAACCAGGGGGUAUCGUCUCUUCAUUCAUAAGUCACAAGAACUGAAGAAAAAGUACCUGCAGGAACCCAGGAAGGGAAUACAGUGGAAUGUGUGAAAGCUGAAUCUACACAGGCUGCACUAAAAAUAUUGGAGGAAAUGCACACAAAACGUCAGCAGAUAAUGAAACAGAAAGAAAGAAAAGAGUCAUCAGGAACGCGUGAAACAAUUGACUGAGAAGGUGUAGAGGGAUAGGACUCAAUUGUUGGCACAAGAGGGCAUCCUAGCUCUCAAACUUCAGCAAAAUUCUGGAGUCUUGAACUGAAUUCCAUGAUCAGACAUUACCCCUGAUUCUCAGCAUCAUAUAGAAACCUUCCUGUUAGAUUUCAAACAUUCUACUAGUACAUAUAUAUGAAAAUCCAUACAGGAACAGGAGCAACUUCUUAAGGAAGAAUUUAAAGAAGAGAGAAUAAAACUGCAGAAGGAGAUCCAAGAUCUCCAGAUAAGAAGCAUAGAGAUAAGUAUAUUAGCUGAAUUUGUACAAGAUGCAAAAAAAAAAAUGUUGGAUGAAAUGCAAAUAAAGUAUCAGCAGAUGAUGGAAUAGAAACAAAAGUGUGACCAGAAACAAGUAAAUCAAUUUAUUGAGAAGAUGGAGAGGGAUACAAAACAGUUAUUCACAGAGCUCAAUAGGACUCCAGCACUUAACCUCCAGGAAAUCAAGGCAUUUAGACCCAUCAUGAUGGCCCCCAUUUGUCUAGUGGAAAACCAGAAAGAGCAGCUGAUGGUGAAUCCAAAUGCAUUAAAAAUUCUUGAUGAGAUAUCCCAGCCUGUGAUGGUGGUAGCCAUUGUAGGGCUGUAUCGUACAGGAGAAUCCUACCUGAUGAACCACCUGGUAGGGCAGAACUCUGGCUUUGGUCUGGGCUCCACGGUGUGGCCUGAAACCAAGGGCAUCUGGAUGGGGUGUGUACCUCACUCAUCCAAGCCAGACCACAUCCUGGUCCUUCUGGAUACCUAGUGCCUGGAUGAUGUGAAAAAGAUGUCGUUGAUGUGAGAGGCCCCCACGUGGCACAAAUGGUUUGACCGUGAUUGGUAACCAAAAGGUUGAUGGUUUGAACCUACCCAGUGGCACCACUGAAGAAAAGGCCUACUGAUCUGCUGAUCUAAGAUUACAGCCAAGAAAACCCUAUGGAGCUCAGUUCUACUCUGUAACACAUAGGGUAGCCAUGAGUUGGAAUCAAUUCAACAGUGUAAGACAACAACAGUUGAUUUGAUUCCUGUGUAAUUCAUCAGGAGAGGUCCACUUUAUAGUUAUUCGGUGUAUGGUUGAUCCUUCUUCUUUGUUUCCAGCUUUUGCAUUCAAAUCACCAGUAAUUAUCAAAGCAACCUGAUUACACAUUUGAUCAAUUUCAGACUGUAGCAAUUCAUAAAAGUCUUUAAUUUCUUCAUCUUUUCAUUCUAGGGAGACUCUAAGAAUGACUCAUGGGUCUUUGCACUGGCUGUGCUUCUAAGCAGCACCUUUAUUUACAACAGUAUGGGUACCAUCAACCACCAGGCCCUGGAGCAGCUGCAGUAUCCUUCCAAGAACUGAGCCACCUCGUUUUAUUACGUUUACAGGGAUGGCAAUUGAGGUUAUUUCUUCCUUCUUGUGACUUAACUGCCAUGGUUGAAGAGGUGGAGAUACAGAAGUUAAUGUUUACAAAAUUUGUUUCUAAAUAAAAUCUGAAAAUUGUGUAGGGCACAUCUCCUUCCUUAGCUUAGUUUCUAGCUAUGUGACUGAAUUAACAGAGCUAAUCAGGACAAAAUCCUCCUCCAGAUCUGAUGAGGUAGAUGACUCUACUGAGUUUAUGAGUUUUUUUUCCAGACUUUAUUUGGACUAUAUGGGAUUUCACCCUGGAGUUGAAGAUAGAUAAAAGCCCCAUCACUGAAGAUGAGUACCUGGAGGAUGCCUUGAAGAUGAUUCCAGGCUAGAAUCCCAAAAUCCAAAAUUCCAACCUGUCUAGAGAGUGUAUCAGGCAUUUCUUCCCAAAAUGGAAGUGCUUUGUCUUUGACUGGCCUACGAGUGACAACAGUCUCUUACACCAGCUUGAGGAAGUACCAGGAGAUCAGCUGGAUAUCAAUUUCCAGGGCUGGGGACUCUGGUGGAAACCUACGUGGAUGCCAUCAACAGCGGAUCAGUGCCUUGUUUGGAGAAUGCAGUGACAACUCUGACCCAGUGUGAGAAUUCGAAGGCUGUGCAGAAGGCAGCCAACCACUAUAGCAACCAGAUGGCCCAGUGUGUGAGGCUUCCCACAGACACACUGCAGGAGCUGCUGGACAUGCACGCAGCCUGUGAGAGGGGAGCUAUUGCAGUCUUCGUGGAGCACUCGUUCAAGGAUGACAAGAGGGAAUUCCAGAAGAAUCUCAUGGGAAAAAGAUGGAGGAUUUUGUGCUGCAGAAUGAAGCGGCAUCUAACAAAUACUGCCAGGCUAAGCUUGAGCGGCUUUCAGAGCCCCUGGUGGAAAGUAUUUCAAGAGGAACUUUCUCUAUUCCUGGAGGACACAGUCUCUACUUAGAGGCAAGGAAAAAGGUUGAAGAGGCUAUGAGCGAGUGCCCAGGAAAGGAGUUAAGGUGAACAAGGUCCUCCAGAGGUUCUUGCAGGCGCAUGUAGCAACAGAAGAAUCCAUCUCGCAGUCAGACAAAGGCCUCAUGGAUGCAAAGAAGGCCAUAGCAGGUCCAAGAAGAACUGUUAAUGGAAGGAUUUAGAAAGAAAUCUGAGAAAUUAAAGAAAGACAUACGUCAACUACUAAAAGAAAUUGAAAAAACUAAGAACAGCAAAGGCUCAUGGUUUUCACAGGUCAUUGAGGAGGCUUGCAGAAUAUUAUUGACAGUACUACCAACUGACUCUGACCUGUUAGCUAGAAUAAUGAAAUAUCUCAGCUCACUUAAUAAGUGAGCUUAGAAUUCCUGCUGAGGAAAUUAGAUAAUGACCCUUCUUUUGUUAUGUUGUAGCUCAUUGUGCAGUGUAUGUGUCAUAUUAAUGUCAUUUUUAAAACUUUAAAAAUAAAAAGUGAUUACUAAACAACAGCAGGAGCUGCCAUAGCCAAAGACAAACUAAAUUUUGAUGAAAUUAAAGAAACAGGAAACAAUAGAUAAAAGAUGUAAUGGAAGAAAAAAUCAAAUUUACAAUAGCAUCAAAACAUACAAAAUAUUGCAGAAUAAAAUAAUUAAGAAGUGUAUAAAAUUCGGAGGACAGCUAAAUCAAUUGGCAUAACAAAGUUUAUUAAGAAAAUGUUCUGCAUCCCACUUUGGUGUGUGGCAUCUGGGGUCUUAAAAACUUGCAAGCAGCCGUCUAAGAUGUAUCAGUUUGUCCCAUCCCACUUGGAGCAAAGGAGAAUGGAGUACACAGAAGACACAAGGAAAAUAUUAGCCCAAGAGACAAAAAGUGCACGUAAACCACAGACUCCACCAGCUUGAGAAUGGAAGAAGUAGAUGGUGCCUGGCUACCACCGAUGACUGUCCUGACAAGACAGCAUGGGAGAAAAGUGCAGAACUGAACUCAAAUUCACAUAAAAAGACCAGACUUAACGGUCUGACAGAGACUGGAGGAACCCCCAAAACUAUGGCCCCUGGGAUGCUCUGUUAACCCAGAACUAAAACCAUCCCUUAAGUCCACUCUUCAAACAAACAUUAGACUGGACUAUAAAACAAAAAAUAAUAUUCGUGAGGAGUGUGCUUCUUAGUAUAAUCAGAUACACGAGACCAAAUGGGCGGCUCCCAUCUGGAGGCAGAAUGAGAAGGUAGGAAGGGACAGGAACUGGUUGAAUGGACACAAGAAACCCAGGGUGGAAGGGAGGAGUGUGCUGUCACAUUGUGGGGACUGCAACUAAUAUCACAUAAUAAUAUGUGUAUAAAUUUUUGUAUGAGAAAUUAACUUGAGCUAUAAACUUUCAUCUAAAGCACAAUAAAAAAAGAAAAUUACGUUAAAAUUUAUUAAUUUUCUGGCAAGAUUUGGAAUUCCUUAAUAAAAGCCAGUUAUUCCAACACUUAAAAAAAAAAGUAUAGAAAACCCAUACGAAGAAAUAUUUAAAAUACUAGUAGAAAGACUAAAAAUCUAUAAAAAUGGGUGAAAUAAAAAUGUCAAUAUGCUAUAACCAAUAUAUACAUUUAAUGUGAUUCAAAUAAAUAUGUCGCACAUUUUUUUUAGAAGUAGACAGGUUUAUUUUAAAAAUUAUACAGAAAACAACAAACAAAAAUUGCCAAUGAAAUUAGAAAAAAAUAUAUGAUUAAUGAGGAAAGAUUAGCUCUAACUAUACACUAAAACAUCCCAACAAUUAGCACAGUGGCAUUGGCACUUGAAUAUUUAAACAGCAAUAAAAUAUACUUGAAAGUUUAUAAAUCACUGCAAGGUCAUAUAGAAGUUUAGUGUAUGAUUAAUUUGGCAUUUUCAUUAGUGAAAGAAUAUGAAAUAUUUAGCAAAUGGUAUUUAGACUGUAGGUAGUAUAAUGUACUGUCAUGUAAGCCACUGCUAAAGAGUGAUCAGUCUUUAUAGGAUAUAUGGAGAACCUUGACUGCAGGUACAUAGGAUGGCACAGUCCUGACAGUGAAUAGUUCUACUCAAACUUCAAAACAGUGCUGUGGAACCCUAAGCCUACCAUUAACAUUAAACCUAACACUAAUUCUAACCUAAACCUGAUGCUAGCCCUAGGCCUAACCCUAAACCUAAUCAUGAAAAUCAACCUAAAUCUUAACUCUAACCCUAACAAAAAUUAAAAAACAAACAAACAAAACCAGUGGUGAAAAAGCAAAUGAAGUCAGGGUAGAUCACAAAUGCAUUUAGAUGUAAGUGUACAAGCACCUCAAACCCAUCAACCCAAGGAAUAAGGGGGAGGUAUGUCCUCUCCUUCUUUCAGAAUUUGAUCAGGUCUCACACAAAGUGGUCAUUUAAGACUUUGACCUUUCCUUCCUGGAAUAAACCCAUCUUUCUCAUAGUACGAUAUUCUUUGAUUGUGAAGUUGCAUUUUUUCAUCAUUAAAGGGUGUGGGAGCUGUGCAGAGGUACUAAUUUCCUCACUUUGUAAAGUGGGAAGUUGAUAGAUACAUAUAAAAUUAAAAAUUUAAUCAGUUUAUGUAGCCUGUAGUUAUUUCAUGCCUCUGCACUGUGGUCCCACGGCUGUGACAGGGCUUCUGGGAAAUGUUUUCUUCACACAGAAUAAAGAACACAUGAGGAAAAAAAGAAAGUACCUUUUCUUUCUCAGCAUAUUGAGUCAACAUGUGGUCCCCAGAACUACAGCAGCCAUUUUGGGAAAACGAGGGAAACCAGACUAAGAAAAUACAAGUGAGGUAUUCAGAAAAGAAAGAAUAAAAAAUAAAUAACCAUUACCAUCAACGCCCAAACUCUAGGUUUCAUGGAGGUUAGACUCUAAACGUCCUAAACUUAGUCCAUUUUAAGUGAAGUCUUCUAAUUUUGUCACCUACAUUGUUGUCUUCUGGCUUGUACUUGCAUUCUUUUUAUGAUUUUAAAAAAUUUUCUAGAGAGCAGCAAAACAUAUUUUCAAAUGUGUGAGGAAGGUAGAUAUGGCUUGAUGAAGAAAAGACACUUGUCCAAGAGCUUAAAUCAUACCUAAUGGUGAAUCCUAGCGUCAUGCCCUUGAGAGACAUUGUGAUCAUUACGAUUUAAUAUAGUUCUGGGUAUUAGCCCACAUAUCGGGAUCAAAAACUCUAUACAUUUAAAUCGUACUUUAAAAUGUAGUCCACGAUCUUCCUUUUGCUCUAACACAAAAUCAGGAGAUUUGGCCUUACCGUGACUUUUCAGUGCUCUCUUCAGGACAAUUUCUCAGCAUCAUGUGUUCUUCCCCUAGUCCUCCUAGCUCCAAAAGAGGCCACAAAUCUGCAGGUCAGUAUAUCCAUAAUGCACGUAACGGGAUGAUGGAUUAGGAGAUGCUAUUCUUCCCUAUUAUAUUCUUUUCCCUGUCUGUAAAACACAAGGGAACCCUGGUGGUGUAGUGGUUAAGUGCUAUAGCUGCUAACCAAGGGGUCAGCAGUUCGAAUCCGCCAGGUGCUCCUUGGAAUUUCAACGGGGCGGUUCUACUCUGUCCUAUAGGGUUGCUAUGAGUCAGAAUUGACUGCACGGCACUGGGUUUGUUUGUUUGUUGUUGUUCUUGUUGGUAAAACACAAAUCCAGCAGAAAUCUCUCACUGAAUGGUCAGGAUAAAUAGAAAAACAAUUUUCACGUAAGAGGGGAAGAAUUUAGAUUUUUGACAAUUACAUAUUUUCUCAGGGUUGAAAACCAAGUGGUUAUGCUUUCAAAUUAUCUACAAAUGCCUAUAAAAAUCUAUAACUAUAAAUUAUCUGUAAGUUAUUUUAAUCAAUAUAAUUAUUAAAUAUCUAUAAAUAAAUUAUAUAUAAAUCAAUUUAUACUUGCCUGCUAUAUUAAAAUAUACCCCUAAAAAAAUUCUGGAGGGUCUUCACCUCAUGGUACUAUCUCUCAGAUGAAUUGUUUGGUAAGAAGAGCCAAAACAAUGCAUUGAGAAAGAAUUCUGCUGCCAGAUAUUAAAGCGAACUAUAAAUUAUAGUCAUUUUGAAGUGAGGUAUUGAGUUUAUAUAAUAAGAAUAAAUGGAAACAGAAAAGAAUGUAUGUUGGAGAAACAAAUUUAAAUAUAUAUAUAUAUAUAUAUAGGAACAACUGCCUAGCUAUUAAAAAAAAUAAGUUUUACACAACUGAUAUCAAAAUAAAUUCCCACUGGUAAAAGUUUCCAAUUUUCCAAUGGUUGGUCUUGAAUCUGGCUACUAUGAUAGUGCUCCCACCUCCCUGUUGUCUCAUUCCUUUGCUUUUAUUUAUGGGUGACAGUCUAUCUCACCCAGUAGAGUAAAUCCUUUUCAGGGCAGUCACUAUGCAAAAGUAGUUUUCAUAUACCCCUCAGCACCUAGCAGUGUUUCGUGAACACGAGACAUAUUCUCUCUCUCUCUCUACACUCACACAUAUUGUCUUUUGCGUUUUGUCUUAGUUAUCUAGUGCUGCUGUAACAGAAAUACCACAAGUGGAUGCCUUCAACAAACAGAAGUUUAUUCUCUCACAGUCUAGUAGGCUAGAAGUUCAAAUUCAGGG